UGAGCCGUGAAGAAACACAAUAUCCAAAGAGGGGAGCUGUUGGGUGAAAUCAAGAUUUCUUGGCAAGUAGGCUCGUCCAAUGUCCACAUCCAAGGUUUAGGUCGUUGAGAUGUUUCAACAUCGUCUGCACGUGGCCGACAAAUCGGGCUUAUCUCGGAUUCCACGAGGCUCCGGGCCAAGACGGAGAUGCAAGGGCGUCAGGCAUCAAUGAGCAGGAUCCCUUGCUUCUAGGCAGAGACGUGCUUGGCUGUCUUGAUAAAGUGGUCUGCAUGUCACCCAGACACGGCCACAACGAUCACUCACUACCAUAUAGAUAAUCCCAGCAUGUCAAGCUCGACGUGCCCCCCUCAUGAGCCCUUGUUGUUGAAGAGGCAAAUCAUCCCGGAUCACAGCCCCCAAGACUCCAAAAAGGCCCGUGUCAAAAGCGCAUUCCAUUCGAACCCGGUCCCUUGCCUCCAGCAGGGGUCACUCUUUAGACUGCCACAAGAAGUGCUCGAGCUGAUCAUCACUUUUGCCGCCCCAUAUUUCAUUGAGACAUGUGGCGGCCGAGAAUACUACUUCAGCUAUCGAACGGUGGCAGACCUGGCCCUCGUAUGUCGUCGGCUGUACUGGAUUGCUACUCCGAUCCUCUACCGGAGCAUUUCGCUUCAACUUAUAGACACUUGGAGGCUCCACCACACCCUCCAGGCCAACCCAACGCUCCGCCAAUAUUGCCGGAUCCUUUUCCUUGAGGCCAGCGUAAUCCUGACGACCCCUGGGGACAAUGUCAAUAUUGUGCAAGACAUCGUUAGCUGGUUGACCAGCGUGAAGAAACUGCAUAUUUACUGUUCCUACCACUAUGCAGAAGACGACCAUGUCGACUAUGUCGGCAGCCUGUGUGACACCCUUGCGAAUGCUACCCAGAAUAUGCAUGAACUUGACAGCCUUGAAUGCAUAGGAGUGGGAUUCAAUUGGGUGAUGGGGGCUGUUCAAUCCUCGUCCUUGAACGCGUUGACCAUCCGGAGUGGCAGGCGGAUCAAGAAAACUUUGAAAUUACACCCGAAGAAAAGCCAAGACUCCUCUGUCACGAACUUAUCGCUGGAUGGGUGUCUUGAAGCUCCGGAUGUCAUGGCCCAGCUACUCCAAUGGCCCAAAGCACUGUCCUCUUUCCACUUGACAUGUUUCAACGUAAACGACGACAGUGUCAAAUAUAGCUUUUCCAUGUUCGAGACAUGGCUUCGAAAGCACGAGACUACUCUGCAGACCCUGACGUUAUGUGGGCUCCCAAGUGACAACGCAAGUGAAUGCGCUUUCAAUGCCUCGGCAUUUCCCCAGCUGGGGAGUCUGAGGCUGUCCCGAUGGAACAUGGGCACCAAGUUGUGGCUCUCAGACACGGAUGCAGACAAACUGCUCGGGCCCAGUCUCAAAACGUUUACAUGGGACUUCAGGAAGUUGACUGAUCAGAAGGGAGCUUGGAAGGACUUCAGAGAGGAAGAGGAGAAUUGGCUUAGAAAGUUUGCCCGAGCCGCGGUGGAGAAAAGGGCGGCGCUGAAAUCCAUCAGAAUUGCAUUUAGUCCAUACGACAGUGGACAAGGCACGGUAGGAUAUCCUUGGGGCCGAAUGGCUCGGGUUCGGGAUGAGUUUGAGCCAUACGGCGUGAUAGUUACCUGGGAUGCCCCUGUGCUGGAAGGGGAUGAUUGGCCGGGGGCUUCGCCGCAGUAUGUGUACGCAGUGGAUGAACUAUGGGAACUCGUCAGUGAUGACUGUCCAAGUCCUGGAGAGAUGGAGACAUUGCUUCAAGAUGACUGUACUUUAUGA